CCUGUAGAGAUCGUGCAUCUAUUUUGGGAGAAGGUGAACUGUAAAACUGGAGUAUUUUCUUUCAUACUAAAUCCAGCAGCCACAGUCGCAUUUCUGAUCCAACAUGUUUCGUUCUGCAUGCAUGUGGUUCUCGCUUCCUCGUUGACAUCGCGCAGCGUCCAAUCGCGCUGUUCAAUACUGCACAGACUGCACCACACUGGCUAUCAAUUGGAUGAAACGAGUCCUGCGCUUUCUACUAUUAUAACGCGUAGAUUUGUGUUUUUGCCUGAUGCACAAACCAUAUGUAUUGAGCAGAUCUCCUGAGAAUGGUAUACAAAUCAUAUAAACUGCACAAACGGGUGAACUGCCUUUUUUUAACGCCCGGAGCGUCUUUUUGCGCAUGUGUCUCCAGUCUGUUGUUUAAAUUUCUUACGGACCGCUUAAACCCAGGGGGUGGGGACAAAGUGUAAUAUUUUCGGGAUAAAAUCGUCAGACUGAUGAUUGCAUACUUCACAUGUGUGCCUGGUGACCCCUUGCGCAUCAGGUGGACCCUGGAUGCAUUUCCGUUGAGAACUGAUGAUCAAGCAACCUCACACACUCAUAUUUACCUGUGGCAUCCAGAGUUUAACAUAUCACUGCAACUGAAACUCUGGAAGCGCACUGCACAUAACGGGACCAAACCGACCUCACCUUCCUGUAAUGCUGGAGUGUAAAUCUCAAAAACUGACACUGUGAUACUGUAAAUGUUACCAUGUGUACAAAGUGUACAUGUAACACUGAAAGUAGACUGUUCUGUUGAAUAUACAGAAAUUGUGAUUUUAUAGAUUUUCUAUAAAUGAAGUAACACAUAGUACCUCAACAUAAGCCUUUGGACACACAAAUACACUCAUGCUGACCACCAUGACGUACCGCAUGCCAAACUUCACUCUGGAGCAAAAGCUUUUCCUGCUUCGGAGAAUCCAUGCGGUGGUAGACACGGUCCAGGACUUUCGGAAAGACACCAACACUACUGUGCACCGGAACGCUGUAUGGGCAGAGCUGGCUCAGGCCUUCAAUGCGGCGUUUCCUAGUCGACCCCCCAGCAGCAUCGGGUCUCUGAAGACGCUGUGGAAACGACUGAAGGUGGAAUGUCGUGUAGCGCUGCAGAAGAGACAGGAACAGCAGGCAGCUGGGCUUCCAGUGUCUGCCCUCACUCAGGUGCAGAGAGAAGUCAUUGCUCUGGUGCCAAACCUGAUCUCCUGUCUGGAGGAGGUAGAUGGAGAUGGCAGCUAUGCCUCAGUUAGGGGCAGCUCACCUGGAGCAGUGAUGGGGCUUUCUGGCACUAAUGGGAGUGAGCAUGAAGAUGCUGACCACAGUCAAAAUGAUGAAGUAGACAGCAAGGAGAACUUAGCCAUUGAACUUGGUUUGGCCUCACCUGCUCACCCACCUAUCAACUCUGGGAUUCCUCCUGCCACUGCCUCCUCUCCUCUCCGCUCACAUUCAGUCUCUUCCAGGUCCAGUCGUCCCUCCCUCAUCUACCCAACCAAUGCAGGAAGCACCUCAGGGCUGGGAUCAGGGACUAGGGGUGCAAACUUUGAUAUCAUACACAGAGAGCCUGCGGUGCCACGUGCUCCUGCCAGAGGAUCAUUUGAGAAUUCAUUACCGCCAAUGGACUCUUGUACCUCAGACUCAACAUGGGAGGCACGCCGACAGGAACUGUUCGAGCUGGAGCAUCAGCAGACGAUGAGUCUGUUGCUGCUUCAGCAGUGUGUGUGGGAGGAGAAGAGGAAAGCAGUGAGGCAGAAAGAGAAGGCGGCACGGGCCAAGAAGAGAUAUUACCAAGCCAAACUACGGAAGAUAGGCGCAGAUUAUCUGCCCUCCAGUAGCGACAGCGAGGAUAAUGAACAUCCACAGACAUGAACUCAGAUGUUUAUGACAUCUUAGCUAUUUUUACUUUCUUUUGGAAAGUCAUUUUUUUUUAAUUCUAUCAAUUUUGUUUAUUUACAAAACAAUAUAUUUUUUAUUGUGGACUAAACUUAAUUGGUGUUUAGGAAUGUACCAUGUGUAUCAUAUGGAGGGGGAAUUCACUCAAGCAGGCUUUGUUCCAAUAGCAGAACAGAAAUCUCUUCUCCAUUCAUCCACACUGGUGCUGCAUUCCAUUCAGUCGAAAGUAGGAUAUUUCUACUUUAAAGGGGGUGUGCCCAAAAUUGAAAAAUUCAUCAUUUACUUACCCUAAUGUCUUACCAAACUGUAUGAGACUUUCUUUCUUCUGUUGAACACAAAAGAAUAUAUUUUGAAAAGGGUUCAUUUUCAGAUCCAAUGGUUUUUUUUUGUUGUUUUCUUUUUGGACCCAAUGGCUUUCAUUUCACAAAAACAGUUGAAAUAUUUCUUAAAAUAUUUGUUUGUGUUCUGCAGAAGAAAGCAAGUCCUACAGGAUUGGAGCUUUAAAGGCCCGCUCACCCUAAGAACGAUAACUAUAAAGAUAACGAUAAAGAUAUAGUUCUAUAAAUCAUUCUAAAUGUAAGAAAAUAGCACUGUCCACACCAUAUCUAUAACGAUAAUGACAUAGAAAAAUGAUAUCACUUUCAGAACGAUUUUUUCCAGCUGUUAAACGAUAAAACGCUGACAGCCAAUCAGAAUCGGUUCUAAUUUAAGGGCUUGCGCAUUUAAAAUGGCAGACGACAUUCUGAGAAGUUAAUCGCUGAGGUCCAGAAAAAGCCACCACUGUUUGACAAAAAGAUAUAGAAAAUGGAUAUAUGGAAAACAAUCGGCCAUACCCUCGGAAUAAAUGGUGAGAAGUGUUAACGGAGAUGAGAUUAUGCCAGGCUAGCAAAAAGUGUAACAUAAAAUUACCUCAGGUAUCCGGCGCUAUGUCGACAACAUUGUCUUACUUCCUUUGAAGUUGCCGUGAAAAAGACUAGGCGUUGUUUUUAUUCCACUAUAUUGACUAAACUAUUACUCACCUAAAUUCACUGUUAUAUUAGAUCGAUUACGCUAGCUAUUCACUCGAAACAUAGCAUGCUGAGGACAUCUGCUGGUUAAAGCCGUGUAAAUGCAACAAGAACAGCAAAAACAUGUUGUAAACACUUUGAAACCGCAGCGCGUGAGCUUACAAUAAACAAUUACCGUACGUUGAUGUGGAAGCAAAUAUAGUUAUCGUUAUAAUUAUCGUUGUUGGCGUAAGCAGGCCUUAAGUUACACUGGGUGUCAUGUUUGAGUAAUAUACAAACGAAAAUGUUGUGGAAGUUCAGACUUUCCGAGUUGAAUGGAACACAGCAUAAGGGGUCGUUCACACAUAACGCAUUUUUGUGUUUAAAAUGGCAAGACUCAGAGUAAUAUGAUAAAAAAAGAAGCAUUAACUUGAGUGCCUUGUUCUUAGAACGCCAUGUCACACGAGAGACGCAGUAAAAGAUUUGAUCAAACAUCAAAAAUGCGUUGUGUGAACAGCCCCAAACCCUUACAUAGUCAGGCCAAAAUUGAGCAGUGAUAUUCAUUUCUGCUUAAUGGGAAGAGGAAAUGAACUGAAAUGAGAUUUCUAAUGUUACUGUAAGGAUGGAUUAAGGUCCUGCAAGGCCCCCUUUUGAUGCAAUUGUGAUUCAUAAUGUCUAAAUAGCAGGAAAUUAUACUGCAAUUAUGAGGGAAAAAGUCAAUAUAGUGCAAUUGCACGAAGGAGGCUAUUGCCAGUCCAGAAACCAUCCUUGUAUCCAACUCAUCUGACUGUUUUAGGACUGUCUUCAGGACCAACCUUUUGAUUCUGUUCACUGUAGCUUAUUUAUACUAUGCAGGUUUUUUCAGGUAAACAACUGUUUCUCGUAAAUGGACAUCAAACUCAUGGACUGGUUGAAUUUAGCUAUGUUCAGUGUUGUUCAUUUAUGUCUUAGUAUACAGUGUUUGGCAGAGCCCUCUGCCCUUCUCAAGUUACGAAAAAAAUGGACAUUCUGUCAUCAUUUACCUUCUCUCAUGAUGUUGCAUGAAAUAAAGUCAACAACAUGGGGUUAGUAAAUUAUGAUGCUUUCAGUUUUUAAUGAACUGUCCCUUAAAAGUGUUACAAUAGUAGCCUGGAAAUGGAGUGUGUAAAUCAGUGAAGCAAAAUGUUAAACUAGUGAGAACCUUCCACUGUAAAAGUAGAUUUGAAAUUUACAUGUAGAUGUAAUUUCAUUUUAUUCGACUGAAAUUCGAAAAAUGUGUAAUGUGAUAAAACAAGUAAAUCUUUUUUAACUAAAGAAGCGUUUGUCUUUUGA